GUGAGGGAGAAGUUGGCAUCACUCUGCUGGUCUGUCUGCUCUGCUUGCGGCGGCCUUGGACUCCCCUGUUCGGCCAGUCCUCUCCCCUGCCCGCCUCCGGUCCUCUCCUCUGUUCGGCCGCUUUCCCUCCGAGAUCAUGGGGCUACUCAGCAUCAUCAGGAAGAUCAAGCGCAAGGAGAAGGAGAUGCGCAUCCUCAUGGUGGGUCUGGACAACUCGGGGAAGACGACCAUCGUGCUCAAGAUCAACGGGGAGGACACCAGCGUCAUCAGCCCCACCCUCGGCUUCAACAUCAAGACCAUCAAGUACCACAAAUACUUGUUGAACAUAUGGGACGUUGGAGGACAGAAGACUAUCCGAUCUUAUUGGAGAAAUUACUUUGAGCAGACUGAUGGGCUAGUUUGGGUGGUUGAUAGUUCAGACGUACGAAGGCUUGAUGAUUGCCGUGCUGAACUCCACAAUCUCUUGAAAGAAGAGAGACUAGCCGGAGCUUCAUUGUUAGUUUUUGCAAAUAAACAAGACAUACAAGGAGCUCUAAAACCAGCUGAAAUUGCCAAGGAUUCGACCAUGCGGGACUGGAACAAUAUGGAAGAACAAUGCCAAGCCUAGAGUUCCAAAAUUAUCGAUGUUGGCGUCGGGAUAUGCUUGCCUUCUUUUAAUAAAUGCUUGUUUAUAAAGCGGAGAAACACAUGCGGUGAAGGGUAACAGGAACUGAUGGUAAUUAUAAAUCCGUCUCUUUUGUACAAGAUACUCGAAAAAUGGUUUGAAA